UAUUACGAGAAAGCAAUCGCCAUCGCAAAAGGAAUAGGAGACACAGGAAAGGAAUGUUCAGGAUACUUAGCCCUUGGAAACGUUCACUGCAGCCUUAGGAAAUAUCGUCAUGCUAAAGAAUAUUUCGACAAAGCACUCAGCAUCAGUACAGCAACUGGACAAAGAAGAAAUGAAGGAUGCGGCUACGCAGGUUUGGCAGCAGUGUUCGCUUUUAUCAAUGACAAUCAGAAAGCAAAAGAACAUUAUCAGAAGGCGCUCACCAUCAGCAAGGAAUGUGGCGAUAAAGCUCUGGAAGGACAAAGUUACCUCAACCUCGGAGAUCUAUCUAGAUCGCUUGGUGAAUGCGACGUGGCAGAAGAUUACUUAGAGAAGGCUCGCUCCAUAAGCAGUAGAAUUGGAGACAUACUGACUGAGUUUAAAAGCCUUCUCAGCAUCACACAGUUAAAGGUAUCGCAAUCACAGGUUGUGGAGGCAAAGGAACAUCUCCUUCAAUGUAUUGGAAAAUAUGAACAAUUGAGGAGUUUUCUUAAAGGAAACAAAGAGUUUGAAAUAUCUCUGUUAGAAGCGCACGGUAGUUUUCCUUAUCACUUGCUCACUAACUUGCUUUGCAAUACUGGCAAAUUUCAAGACGCUCUUUAUGUCGAGGAGCUGGGACGAGCGAGAGUCCUCGUAGAAUGCAUGGCAGAGAAGUUCUCCGUUGAAAGCCACAUCUCAGCUGAUCCACAAUCAUGGUUCGGGAUUGAAAACAUUGUGAAGAAUGAGAGUAACUGUGUCUUUUUGUACAUAUUGUAUACUAGGCGGCAAGUUUGUCUCUGGGUUUUGAAAGCAAAUGGAGACAUUUCCUUUCGAGUCACCGACCAAGUGAAAGACAGCACUCUCAUUCCUGAGAAAGUUUGCAACGUGGAGGGAAUUUUCAAAAAGAGCGCCGCCAGCUUUGGCGUUUUACCCACAGCGAAUUGCGAAGAUCGAUCUUUGGAUGGCAACGUAACGACAUCUCUUUUUGAAGAGAGCCGAGCAACUUUGCGCGGUGACGAAAGCAAAGAAACCGAAAGAAUUCAUCAUUUGUGUUACAAAUGGAUCAUCGCUCCUGUGGUAGAUUUACUUACAGAGCCUGAAAUCAUCAUUGUGCCGUAUCGUUUCUCGUAUCGAGUCCCAUUUGCUGCCUUGCGUGAUGAAUCAGCCGGAAAGUAUCUAUCAGAGACUUACAGAAUCCGUAUCGUCCCUUCUCUGACGACCCUCCGGCUCAUUCAAGAUUGUCCAGCGGAUUAUCACAGUGAAACUGGUGCACUUGUAGUGGGUGAUCCUACGGUUGGCCAGGUGUAUUACAAUGGAAAUGUCGCUAACUUUGUACCAUUGUCCUGUGCUAGAAAGGAAGCAGAGAUGGUUGGUCGACUGCUGGGAGUUCAGCCUUUGUUAGGAGAGUCUGCAACUAAGCAGGCAGUGCUUCAAGCGAUACCUUCAGUGAGUCUCAUACAUGUUGCCGCGCAUGGAAAUGCCGAAAGAGGAGAGAUUGCCCUGUCGCCUAAAUGUCCUAAAUGUACCACCAACAGUUUUCCACAAGAAGAAGACUACCUCUUGACAAUGUCCGACAUUUUCGGAACUCAAGUGCGAGCAAAACUGGUUGUAUUGAGCUGUUGUCACAGUGCGCGUGGAUUGGUCAAAGCCGAAGGAGUUCUUGGAAUCGCUCGUGCAUUCUUAGCAUCCGGUGCACGUUCAGUGUUGGUAGCAUCGUGGGCCAUAGAAGACGAAGCAACGGAGCAGCUCAUGAAUCAUUUCUACAAGCACCUUGUUCGUGGAGAAAGUGCCAGUGAAUCUCUUCACCAGGCCGUAAAAUGGUUGAGAAGCAACGGCUUUCCCAAACCUAAUCAAUGGGCUCCAUUUGUGCUGAUGGGAGACAACGUGACGUUGGAUUUUACAUACAUCGGGAAAGAGGAACACAAGGAGGACAACAAUGAAGCAGAGAAGAAACAGAGUAACAACUGAUCCUGCACAAAGAUUAUCUUUCCUGCACAUUGUUUUUGAAUGGACACUGGUAUUAGUUUGAACAGACAUUUUUCAUUUUAUUGUAGAUAAAUGGUUAUUUUUGAAUGCUCUUGCAAAUAAGGCUGAAUCGAAAGCUAGUGACACUGAAAGCUGCAUUUCAGCCCUCAGACCUAUUAAGGGGACUAAAAUGAAUCAGCAUGAAAAAAUUGAAAGCAUGAAAUUAACUAAACGUUUACUAAUAUGAGAACUUUGGUAAAGUUUCCUUUGGAUCGCAAUCAGAAAACACCAAAACUAAACUCUAACUUGUUUUGUGAGUUGUUAGGUAAAAAAACAGGAGAAAAGGAGAACAAGCAUUGCACAAAAUAUUACUGCCAAAGUCAAACUGAGGAGUAAAAACAAUUCCUAAGAUAUCAAUGAAACAAUCUCCCAGAAUUCAGAGCAGAAAGAUAACUGAUAUUAUCAAAAAGAUAGUUGGAAUACUGUAGGAAAACAAAAUCACAAACCAGGAAUGCAUGGCUUUGUUGAGUAUGAUGAUGCACAAGUGGCAGUUUUCUAUGUAUUUUUUCCUUUACCUUGGGGGUUUGGUGGGGAGGUCAGUAUUGUCAUAUUUUAAUCUUUUAGAACUUUCAGGAAAAGGUAAAUGCUAAAGAAGUUGUUGAUAUGAUGUUUGAAAAUGUUUCAUCAAAAGGAUCUGUUAGGAAAAGUAUAAUUAGUGAUGAGAUUUUGUUACUGAUGGCAGACUUUUGUUCCUAAUCGUCAGUGGGCACUAAAAACUUAUUGAUUCUUAGGAGGCCUACUUAUUCUUUGGCCAACUUGAAAGUUUUUGUUCCUGUGAUCACUACACAUUUUUCUCUUAUUUGAAGUACUUUUGCAUUUCUUAUUUUUCUCUGAUUUUUCAGUUUUGUUAAUUAAGUGAAAUUUAUUAUUUUACUAAAAU